AUGGCUUGUAAAUCUCAUACAAUUAAAAUUUGUCAAAUCAAUUUACAUCAUGCAAUCAAGGCCACAGAACAAUUGAGAGUUGAGGUUACAGAAAGUGAUACUGAUCUGAUCUGCAUACAAGAACCUUAUGUUUAUCAAGGAAAGAUAUAUGGUUUACCAAUAAGUGCCAGAGCAUAUUAUAAUAAAGGUGAGAACAUAAGAUCUGGUGUCUUUGUAUUCAAUGAAAAUUUAUCCAUUUUACAAAUUUAUGCUUCUAAAGACAUAGUUGCUGUUUUGGUGGAUGGAAAAAGUCCUUUUCUCUUGAUUACAUGCUAUUUUUCCCCGUCAGAAACUAUUGAUGAUCAUUUACGUUGUUUGUCUUCUUUGUUUGAUAGAUUUAAAAAUACUUCAUUAGUAAUAAAUGGUGAUGUCAAUUGUAAACAUCCAUUGUGGGGCCAAAACCACAUGGAUUCAAGGGGAAAAAAAUUAGCAGAAUUUCUACUUGAAAAUAACUUUGUUGUAAACAACAAUAGAAACAGUUUUCCCACAUACUCUUCAGUAUUAGGAAAUUCAUGGAUUGAUAUUACUGCUUCCAGAUUGAUUAAAGACAUUGAGAUAUGUAAUUGGCAAGUUUCUGAUAAAAUUAGCCUUAGUGAUCAUAAUUAUAUUCAUUUUGAGAUUAGAAAUGUGAUAAUUGAUGAUACACAAAAUAACCAAAUUAAGUUGAAGAGAUUGAACUGGAUUGCUCUAAAGGAGCUUAUGUUUGAAAAUUUUUCUGGCAUUGAAAUCAAUGAAGAUAUAGAAUCUCAAUUACAUGAAAUUAAUUCAAUCAUAUGUGAGAUAUGUGAAAAUGUUCGGUUUAAUUAUAACGAUACAGGAAAAAAGAAAACUAAUUCUCCAUGGUGGAAUAAUAGAUUAAAUACUGAAAGGAAAAAAGUUCGAGCUUCUAGAAGAAGAUUUCAGAAUUCUUGUGGCGAAGAUAGAUUAAAUUUAUAA